CUCCGCAGCAGCCACUUGGGCAUAUUCUGUUUGCCUCUCUUAAUGGAAGGGAACAAAAAAACCUUGCAGCGUACCAGUGAACUAAACAGGAGCUGACCAUAGGGGAGAAUCUGAUGCAAACUUGCAGACUGUUGGGACUCUGUGGCAUAGAUCACCAAGGUAAAUGUGAUGGUGUUCAGCAACUGCUUCUGUGACAGAGUAAACCCCUAUUUCUGACUUUGAAACCUUAUUUUGUAGCAGCAGUCAAAGCGUUCUGAACUGCUGCCUGCCUCGGUGCUGGCUUAUUUUUCUUUUCUUCCCGAGCUGAAAAGCCAAAGAAGGUUUUCAAAGGAAUGCAAAAGGAACAGGAGUUUUAAAAGCAGGAAGCUGAAAGGGGAUCUCCGUAAGAUGAAUUUCACCCAGCACCGCGGGACACUCCAGCCUCUCCAUUUCCGGAACCACAGCUACGGACUGCACGGAGGUGCCAGCGAGCCCAGUGCAAAGGGCCACCCCUCGGGAGGCUGCUACGAGCAACUCUUCGUGUCACCCAAAGUGUUUGUGACUCUGGGCAUCAUCAGCUUGUUGGAGAACAUCUUGGUCAUCGUGGCGAUAGCCAAGAACAAGAACCUUCAUUCGCCCAUGUACUUCUUCAUCUGUAGCUUGGCAGUGGCUGACAUGCUAGUGAGCGUGUCUAAUGGAUCAGAAACGAUUGUCAUCACGCUGCUAAACAACACAGACACAGACGCACAGAGCUUUACCAUAAACAUUGAUAAUGUCAUUGACUCAGUGAUUUGCAGUUCCUUGCUCGCAUCAAUUUGCAGUCUCCUCUCAAUAGCAGUGGACAGGUACUUUACGAUCUUUUACGCCCUCCAGUACCAUAAUAUCAUGACGGUGAAGCGCGUAGGGGUCAUCAUCACGUGCAUCUGGGCUGCUUGCACAGUCUCAGGCAUUUUGUUCAUCAUUUACUCUGACAGCAGCGUUGUCAUCAUCUGCCUUAUUAGCAUGUUCUUCACUAUGCUCAUUCUCAUGGCAUCCCUCUAUGUCCACAUGUUCAUGAUGGCUCGGAUGCAUAUCAAAAAGAUCGCUGUGCUUCCAGGGACUGGCCCUAUUCGCCAAGGGGCCAACAUGAAAGGGGCCAUCACUCUCACCAUCCUGAUUGGAGUUUUUGUUGUGUGCUGGGCUCCAUUUUUCCUGCACCUGAUUUUCUACAUCUCCUGCCCCUACAACCCUUACUGUGUGUGCUUCAUGUCCCACUUUAACUUCUACCUUAUCCUCAUCAUGUGCAAUUCCAUCAUUGACCCACUCAUCUAUGCAUUCCGCAGUCAGGAGCUCAGGAAAACAUUCAAGGAGAUUAUAUGCUGCUGUAGCCUGCGAGGGCUUUGCGAUUUCCCUGGCAAAUAUUAA